CUGCUAGAUGUCUGUUUUGCCCUUGCAAUGACCUUGCAUGCAUUAUAAAUAAAAUCUUAUCGGUACACUGAGGAGUGACUUUAAUUUUUUUUUUUAAUUAAAGUGAACAAAUGAUAUUCCAUUAUAUAAGACUGUAAACGUUGUCAAGUUACUAUUUCCAAGAAAAAUGUCGAUUAAAGUUGCAAGUACAGUUGUUGAAACUGUUGUUUUUGAAGGACAAAAACCGGGUACCUCAGGACUUCGAAAAGCUGUUAGUGUUUUUCAACAAAAACAUUAUACGGAAAAUUUCAUACAAGCAAUACUUGAUGCUCUGGAUAAUCAAUUAGCUGGAUGUACAUUGGUUGUUGGUGGAGAUGGACGAUUUUAUGGAAAAGAAGUUGUUGCAAAAAUUAUUCGAAUUGCCGCCGCUAACGGGGUUGGAAAACUUUUAGUGGGACAAAAUGGUAUUCUCUCAACACCGGCUGUAUCGACAAUUAUUCGUAAAUACAAAACUCUAGGUGGUAUUGUUCUCACAGCAUCACACAAUCCAGGUGGACCAAAUGGGGAUUUUGGAAUUAAAUUUAAUUGUGAAAAUGGUGGACCAGCGCCCGAUGCUGUUACAAAUAAAAUAUUUGAAUUAACAAAAACAAUUAAAAAAUAUAAAAUAAUACCCGAAAUUGCUGUUGAUAUUGAUAAAAUUCAAAUUCAAAAUUUAGAAGUUGAUGGACGACAAUUUACCGUUGAAAUCAUUGAUUCUGUCAAAGAUUAUGUUGAUUUGAUGAAAGAAAUUUUUGAUUUCUCCAGUAUUAAGAAAUUAUUACUCGGUAGCUCCGAUCGUUCUGCAUUUGAAGUUCUUAUUAAUUCAAUGAACGGAGUGACUGGACCAUAUGUGAAGCAAAUUUUUGAGAUUGAUUUAGGAGUUAAGAGUUCAAAUUUAAUAAAUACAACACCUUUAGAGGAUUUUGGUGGAUUACAUCCAGAUCCAAAUUUAACUUAUGCGGCGGAUUUAGUGAAUGCUGUAAAAAAUGGAGUCUAUGAUUUCGGCGCUGCAUUUGAUGGAGACGGUGAUAGAAAUAUGAUUAUUGGAAAGAAAGCAUUUUUUGUCACACCUUCGGAUUCUCUUGCGGUGUUGGCUGCCAAUUUAAACGUGAUACCGUAUUUCAAAAAAACUGGAAUCAGAGGCUAUGCUCGAUCUAUGCCAACUGGUGCAGCCGUCGAUAGAGUUGCGGCAAAAACUGGAGUCAAUUGUUUUCAAGUUCCCACUGGAUGGAAAUAUUUUGGUAAUUUAAUGGACGCCGGUCGUCUUUCGCUUUGCGGUGAAGAAAGUUUUGGAACAGGUUCAGAUCAUAUUCGUGAGAAAGAUGGAAUUUGGGCUGCACUCGCUUGGUUAAGUGUUGUUGCAAAUUUGGGAAAAUCCGUUGAGGAUAUUUUAAUGGAUCAUUGGAAAAGUUAUGGAAGAAAUUUCUUUACGAGAUAUGAUUAUGAAAAUUGUGACGCUGAAAGUGCAAAUAAAAUGAUGAAGGAUAUUGAAGAAAAAUUUCAAAAUUCACAAUUUUUGGGUAAAAAAUUGAAUUUUCAAAAUAAAGAAUAUAUUGUCAAAGAGGCUGAUAAUUAUUCAUAUAAAGAUCCAAUUGAUAAUAGUGUCGCCGAUAAGCAGGGUUUAAGAAUUUUGUUUGAAGAUGGUUCGAGAAUUAUUUAUAGACUUUCUGGAACUGGAAGUUCAGGAGCAACGAUUCGUGUUUAUAUUGAAAGUUAUGAAUCGGAUCCAUCGACAUUUAAUGAAGAUGCACAAAAAAUAUUAAAACCAUUAGUUGAGAUUGCUUUACAAUUGAGUAAACUUAAAGAGUGCACGGGUAGAGAUGCUCCAACUGUGAUUACAUAAAAUUGAGUUUUGAUAAAAAAAAUUCAAGGAAAACGCACACACAUAGAUUAUAGAGAAAAAAAAGAACUAGUUUUUGUAUUUUUAACUCUGUCAACUAAUUUAAAAAUUAAAUAUAUUGAGAUAUAAAUGUUUUUAAAAUUUA